GUUCGAUUUCAGAAAACCAAACCAAAAGACAAAACAAAAACAUGACUUCCACUCCUUUCUUCUUCCUCAAAGCUCUCUUCCUCUUCUUCCACCGAUUUUUCUCUAAAAAAUUCCGACGAGCCACCGCCGCCGUUCACCGUAAGUACCAAAAACAACCGCCUUCGACAAAACUUCCCGGUGGCAGCGACGACAAAGUUCUGAUCUUUAACGUGGAAGGAGGUCUAUUAAAACCCUCAUCUCCAUAUUUCUUCUCUUAUUUCAUGUUGGUGGCUUUUGAAGCUGGUGGACUACUCCGUGCGACAGCUUUAUUGAUGUCGUACCCUUUAAUCCGACUUGUCGGCCAAGAAAUUGGGUUGAAGAUUAUGGUGAUGAUAUCAUUUUUUGGGGUUAAAAAAGACAACUUUAGAGUUGGAUCAUCAGUUUUGCCUAAGUUCUUCUUAAACGACGUCGGAUUGGAAGUUUUUGAGGCUUUGAAAAAAGGGAAGAAGAGAAUUGGCUUUAGUAAUAUUUUUCCACAAGUUAUGAUUGAGAGCUUUUUGAGAGAUUAUUUGGAGGUUGAGGAAGUGGUUGGUAGAGAAUUGAAGGUUUUUUGUGGUUAUUUCGUGGGUUUGAUGGAAGAAAAGGUGAAGGUUUCUUCAUUAUUGUCUCAUUUGAUUCAUGAAGAAGAAAAAGAAGAAAAGGAGAGUGAUAUGUUGUUUCAUAAGAAUGACAAUUUGAUUGGGCUUUGUGGCUCUCAAAAGGGUUGUGAUUUUCAGCUACUCUCUUCCAUUUGCAAUGAAAUCUAUACCGUGAAUGAAGCGGAGAAGAAAAGGUGGAAGAGGCUCCCUAAGGACAAAUUUCCAAAGCCAUUAGUCUUUCAUGAUGGAAGACUAGCCCUAAACCCAACUCCAUUUGACACUCUUGCCCUUUUCAUGUGGCUCCCUUUUGCCCUAAUUCUUGCUUUCAUUAGAAUAUUUGCUUAUAUCUUUUUGCCUUCUAUUUUAUCCUACCCCAUCAAUGCCUUCAGUGGAAUGCACCUCACAAUAUCAAUCCCCAAAGAAAAUACCAAAUCCAACAACAACAACAAUCAAGGCUUUCUAUAUGUUUGUAACCAUAGAACCCUCCUUGACCCUCUCUACAUUUCAGCUGCAUUGAGAAUCAACAACCCUACAGCUGUGACCUACAGUCUAAGUCCAAUCUCAGAAUUCUUCUCGCCGAUUCGAACUGUCCGAUUGACCCGAAACCGCGACCGAGAUGCAACCCUAAUGGUGCGGUUGCUAUCGGCGGAUGGAAACUUGAUUGUUUGUCCUGAAGGAACCACGUGUAGAGAGCCAUAUCUCCUUAGGUUUAGCCCUUUGUUCACUGAGAUUAGUACAAAAAUUGUGCCUGUUGCAAAUGACACACAUGUUACAAUGUUUUAUGGCACAACUGCAAGUGGGUUCAAGUGCUUUGAUCCAUUAUUCUUCUUGAUGAAUCCUUCACCGUCUUACACUGUUAAGGAAUUGGAUAUGGUUGAUGGAUUGUUGUUUGGAUCAAAUGAUGAUGGUGAUGGUGAUGAUAAAAAUUCUACAAGGUUUGAUGUGGCCAAUUUUGUGCAAAGUGAGAUUGGUAAGGCUUUGGAAUUUGAGUGCACAAAACUUACUAGGAAAGAUAAGUACUUGAUUUUGGCUGGCAAUGAAGGGAUUGUACAUUCAAAAUAGAUCAUAUAUUUGUAAGGGAGAUGAUUAAUUAAUUUAGUUAAUUGAUUUGAUGUUUUGUAAUUUUAUUUAUUGAUACAUUGUAUAUAAGAUAUUCAAGCAUUAUUCACUAGUUGUGUUGAUUCUA